AUGGCCGCCACCACGAUGAACCACGUGUUCGAUUACGAGAACGAGCUGAACGACAACCUCUACAACCUGAAGAUGUCGGGCAAGAACGGCGCCAACAAACGGGUCAGAAGCGUUUUGAAGCCGAUCCUGCGGCUGCUGAAAAAGAGAACCGGCAGGAGCAAAUACGGAAAGGGACAGAAGGCGGUGCCACAGGUGGAGAUAUUCACCGAGGAAGUGGACAACCAGAACAACGCGAACGAGGCUCUCGAGAGGAGGCUCCUGGCUGGAUUGCAGGACGCCGAGGAAGGAGCUGCCAUCACCGUAUGUUUGGACGGACAGAUGACCGUUGUCCCGGUUGUACCUGGUCAGUGCUACGUGCCCGUUCACUUCGCGCACACCCACGCCGGCGACUUCUACUGGACCACCCUCAGCAUGGCCGACAGUGAUCUGUGCUACAAGGAACGAGCCUUCUCCCAGUACCAGACGCCCGAGAUGCAAGUCGCGUGAAACGAUCGAAUCACCGCGAACGUCGUCUACCUCAUACGCCUGCACUACCGAGACCUUGAGGUUCUUCAACUGAGAACUGUCCACUCGUUGUCUUCGAAGAGGAAGGGAAAGUUCCAGCUUCCUGGCGCCAAAAUACUGGCGAGGAGAUUUUUUAUACACCCCCACAAGACCAGCAGAGACUGCCCUUUAGAUAAGAUUCAUUCGAAACUGUGAUACGUAGAUUGUAGUUUACAACGUUCCCUAACUGAUCCUCCUUUCUUUUGCUAAAAAGGAAAUCUUGGAAUUUGUGUACGAUCAGUUAGAAAGAAUAUUUUUUUUUUUUUGUCCAUUUUUUCCAUUUGUUUUUCAAACAGCGACACUGUAAAUGAGUGGUCGCAGAAUUGUGAUAUUUGUACCUAGUAGGUUUAAUUGUAUACAUUGUGAUAUUGGCUUUAAUGUCGUCGGUUGUGUACCGAUAAC